AUGCUUGAAGAUCUUGAGGAUUACAUCAAAGAACUUGUGAGAGUUGAACUCAAACAUGGCGGAGUCAAUGUACAUUAUUAUUCCUGGACGUCCAUAAAUCUGAAGAAGGGUUUCUUAGCAGUAUUCAGUAUCGCGUCAUGUGAGGAUACUUGGUCAUUAUUUUUACGGGCUGAAGAAGAGGAUCUUUUGCAUAUAGCUGUGACAGAGGUGGACUGUCCAAGGUUGCCUUCAGAAUCAGCUAUCACGGUCACAUUCGCAGACCCUGGACAAGAGCUACCCCAAUUGGUUCUAGAUUUGAGAACGCGUAAAGCGUUUAAUUGGAAAUCAGCUAUAAUUUUACAUGACGAAACAUUGAACAGAGACAUGGUAUCUCGUGUGGUCGAAUCACUGACAUCAGAAAUAGAAGAUAUAUCAUCUAUAUCUGUGAGCGUUUAUAAAAUGAGGCACGAAAAUAACGAAUAUUUACGAAGGAAAGAGGUUUAUAGAGUUUUAAAGAAACUUCCGGUGAAAUAUAUUGGUGAGAACUUCAUAGCUAUAGUUACAACAGAUGUAAUGGCGACAAUAGCAGAAAUAGCGCGGGAAUUGAAAAUGUCACACACUGACGCCCAGUGGCUGUAUUUAGUACCGGACACGGAUUCACACACCGGCAAUGUUACCUACUUAAUAAAUGAUUUGUAUGAAGGGGAGAAUAUUGCGUAUAUUUUCAAUUACACUGACGAUAAAGGAUGCAAGAAUGGACUUAAAUGCUACGCUCAUGAAGUCCUGGAUUCAUUUAUAUCAGCACUGGAAGCAGCUGUGCUUGAUGAGCUUGAAGCAGCUUUGCAAGUUUCUGACGAGGAAUGGGAAGCAGUGCGACCUACUAAAAUACAACGAAGGAACAGUCUGCUUUGGCAUAUGCAACAAUAUCUAUCAACUAGAGGCGUCUGUGGUAACUGUAGCUCAUGGCGAGCGCUCUCAGCGGACACGUGGGGAGCUACUUACGAUCACCCUGAUGAAAACACAAGUUCAUUUAUAGAACAAGUACAUCUUGUACAGGUAGGUUUCUGGCGUCCGAUAGAUGGCAUCAUGUUUGAAGACGUGAUGUUCCCGCAUGUACAACAUGGCUUCCGAGGGAAACAAUUACCGAUUAUGACGUAUCAUAGUCCACCCUGGACCAUGGUAACGUAUAACGCCUCUGGAGCCGUCACUAGCUACAGCGGACUGUUAUUCGAUAUUGUGAACCAACUCGCUAAGAAUAAGAACUUCACAAUACGCAUAGUAUUGCCGGAGAAUUUGAGAUUGAAUUAUACAAACGAAACGACGACCGAUACAUAUAACACGAAUUGCCAAUUGAUAUUAUCAGCGGUUGCGAAGGGUCAUGCCGCGUUGGCUGCCGCACCUUUUACGGUGUUGCCAGAUUCACAUCCAGGUAUAAACUUCACUGUUCCUGUAAGCACUCAGACAUAUUCUUUCAUAAUAGCGAGACCUCGUGAAUUGAACCGAGCUCUGCUCUUUUUACUCCCAUUUACUACUGACACAUGGUUAUGUAUAGCAUUCGCAGUAGUUCUAAUGGGUCCGACGUUAUACGUUAUACACCGAGUGAGUCCGUACUAUGAAGCCAUGGAAAUCACUAGAGAAGGUGGCCUCUCCACAAUAUAUAACUGCUUAUGGUAUAUAUAUGGCGCACUUUUACAACAAGGUGGUAUGUACUUACCGCGUGCUGACAGUGGCCGUCUUGUGGUAGGAACUUGGUGGUUAGUGGUGCUUGUGGUAGUCACCACUUACUCCGGAAAUUUGGUGGUAUUUUUAACAUUCCCGAAACUAGAGAUACCGGUCACCACUGUCUCUGAACUAUUGGAUAGCGGAACAUACUCUUGGUCUAUUAGAAAGGGAUCGUUUUUGGAAGCUCAAUUAAAGAAUUCCAACGAACCGAAGUACGAAGCUCUAUUGAAAGGCGCAGAACUGUCUACUCCUAGCGAUGGAUCGGAAAAUGAUGCAGCAAUAGUAGAUCGUGUUCGUUUCUCACACCACGCGUUGUUUGAUUGGAAGCUUCGGUUGCGUUAUCUCAUGAGGGCGGACACUGAGCAAACUGACUCCUGUGAUUUUGCCUUAAGCUCUGAGGAAUUCAUGGAUGAACAAGUGGCUAUGAUCUUGCCGGCUGGGAGCCCGUACCUACCUCUUAUAAAUAAGGAGAUAAAUAGAAUGAAGAAGGCUGGGCUCAUAACAAAGUGGUUAUCAGCGUAUUUGCCCAAGCGUGACCGUUGUUGGAAGACCUCUACCAUCACUCAAGAAGUCAAUAAUCACACCGUCAAUUUGAGCGACAUGCAGGGCUCCUUUUUCGUGCUUUUUCUUGGGUUCUUUUCAGCUCUAACGGUCUUAUUUUUGGAAUAUUUUUAUAACAGACGAAAGAACAAAGCAGAACGCACAGUUAUCAAGCCUUACAUCGAAUAA